AUGACAAUAUUUUCUCCAAGAAUUCUCGUUGCAUUGGGCCACAUUAUUAUUUGUAUGCUGUUUGCUGAAACAGAAGGCAUUUUUCUUCCAAAGAAGGGUGACUAUCCUUAUCUCACUAGGGAGAGAGUUUUCAUCGAACCCCACAAAAGACCGUUUUGCAAUGCCUUUACGGGUUGUGGCCGCAAACGUUCCAACCUGCCGGCGCUGACCUCUCAGGGCGAGGAGAUGGACGAAUCCAUCAACAGUCUCCUGGAAUUGAGCGCCGAGCCCGCAGUCGAGGACCUCUCCCGGCAGAUCAUGUCUGAGGCGAAGCUGUGGGAAGCGAUCCAAGAAGCGAACGUCGAACUGAACAGGCGCAAACAGAAACAAGCCCUAGAGGGCAUCCAAAACGAUCAGCCGGUUCCUGCUCGGAGUGCUACUGCCAGUUGCGCUUUACCUCCGUGUUAUAUUUAA